AUGCCAGCAGAAGGUUCUAGGGAAGAGGAUGAGCAUUCAUCGGUGACCAGAUCAGGUUCAGCUAACUGGAAAGUCCAGAAGAAGGCGUCUGCGACGCAGAUACUUGCACACGGAAGAGAUUCAGAGGAAGGGGAAGAUGAUGGGGUGAGGGCUACGAGCUUGAAUGCUUACUCUUUGAAGCCCACGACGGUUCCGCCAUUUGCAUUAGACGCCCAAUUUAAACGUUUGAAAUUGAAGGAUUCCCUAGGGCAGUCGAAUGAUAUGGUUAGUAUCAAUGCACAGCAUUUCAAAGAUCCAUUUUUGGUUUCGUACGAUGCUCAAUGGAAUGAGUUUGUGAAUACUAUCGAUGCUGAGGGUGGGCACGGGAAACGGCGCAAGCAAGUAUCUCUUCAUUCGCAGCCUCAGAGCGGGUUUAGCAAUUCUUCAAGUAGCAGUAGUUCGUCGCCUAUUCGAACAGAGAAGUUGCGGGCGAUUUUAGAGCAAUCUGGCAACCGUCACUCCAACUCGGGCAUACUCACAGACUUGGAAAGCAAUUGGGGGGGCGAAGAGAGGCUCAAUGCGAUAUUUGAGGCGCCCAUUCUUCACGAUUACGAGUUUAAGGACCAGAAGGAUAGAAAUGAGUGGACCAAGUACAUAAGUCAAUUGAAACAUUUCUAUUACGGAAGCAUAUUCAGGGGAACUAAUGAAGCUCACCAAGGCCAAAUAGAUCCCAGCGACGAUGAUGAGGUUGGAAGGUUACAAGCUUUUGUAGACAGACACAAGCUUGAGUUUCGACGCAAGAAACAAUACUGGUUGCAAUUCGAACAACGCAAGAAACAGCAAUGGGGACCCAGCCUAAAAAAAUUGUUAUUAGACAGCCAAUAUUUGCCGCUUUCAUUCCGACUUAUAAUAGUCAUACUCACCUGUGUUGCCCUUGGGCUUGCGGUUAGAAUAUUCCAAAAUUCCCACAACAGGCUGUCUGACAGGACUACAGUGGACGUUCAGCAACAGCCUAGCACCAUCAUGGCAAUCGUGGUGAACACAACUGCCAUAAUAUACUUGGUCUAUAUUGCAUACGAUGAAUUCUCUGGCAAACCCCUUGGUCUACGGAACCCUCUAGGAAAAAUGCGCUUAAUCCUCCUAGAUCUUCUCUUCAUCAUCUUCUCUAGUGCUAACUUAUCCCUCGCCUUUAACACACUAUACGACAAGACAUGGGUAUGCACUAACACUGACGACCCAUCAAGUGUCCCAAAAAUUGACUACAUAUGCCGAAAACAACGUGCCUUGUCUGCCUUUUUAUUCUUAGUUGUUAUUAUGUGGGUUAUUACUUUCACCAUUAGUAUUCUAAGGGUUGUAGAAAGGGUGAGUUCGCUUUCACCCAGAUAG